UAAAGAAAAUCUGGAUAAUCUACGUAACGGUCCAUCAUCAUCAUCCUCCUCCUCCUGAGCAGCGGGUCAGUGUGUGUCUGUGUCUGUGUGUGUGUGUUUGCUCUUCAUCCGCGAAACACUGAGCCAUGGCCGCACAGAAGAUCAACGAGGCGCACGAGCACAUCGCCAAAGCCGAGAAAUGCUUAAAGACCAGCAUGACCAAGUGGAAACCUGAUUAUGAUGAAGCCGCUUCAGAGAUGGCAAAAGCAGCUGUGGCUUUCAAAAAUGCGAAGCAGUUUGAACAAGCGAAGGAUGCGUACCUGAAAGAGGCCGAGUACCACACAGAAAACAAAACACUCUUCCAUGCAGCAAAAGCGUAUGAACAAGCCGGCAUGAUGUUGAAGGACAUGAAGAAGAUGCCUGAAGCCAUCCAGCUGAUAGAGAAGGCCAGCAUCAUGUACAUGGAGAACGGGACCUCUGGCACUGCUGGGAUAGCCUUGGACAGGGCUGGGAAACUCAUCGAGCCGAUGGAUCUGGAGAAAGCCGUGGACUUGUACCAGAAGGCCGCAUCUGUGUUUGAGAAUGAAGAUCGUCUCAGACAGGCCGCAGAGCUUCUGGGUAAAUCCUCCAGACUUCUGGUGAGACUGCGCAGGUUGGACGAGGCCGCUGUGUCCCUCCAAAAAGAGAAGAACAUGUACAAGGAUAUUGAGAACUACCCCACCUGCUUUAAGAAAACCAUCGCUCAAGUGCUGGUCCAUCUUCACCGAGUUGACUUUGUUGCUGCAGACAAGUGUGUCAGGGAAAGUUACAGUCUCCCAGGGUUCAGUGUGAGUGAGGACUGCGUGUCUAUGGAGACGUUACUGGCGGCGUAUGACGAGCAGGACGAGGACGAGGUGUCACGCGUGUGCAACUCACCUUUACUCAAGUACAUGGACAAUGAUUACGCCAAGCUGGCCAUCUCUCUGAAGGUGCCGGGUGGAGUCAGCGGGAAGAAGAAGAAAGCUCCUGCUGCUCCUCAAGGGGGCAGUGCUGGACCAGCGGGGCAAGACGACGAUUACGAGGGAGGUUUGUGUUAACUGAGGGAACAGCCCGACUAUCUGUGUGUGUGUGUGUGAGAGUUAACGAGUAUCUUAGUGUUUCCUCCCUUUGUGCAAAGUGGAGUCAUUCCUUAGGAAUUCUCUUCCUGUGGGAGGGUCCGGUUUUCUGUGCGUUUACACAUCAGACACGCAGAAGAUCUUACAAGCACAGGCUGUGAGUGUGGACAUCGGUUCAACAUAUUUAAU